AUGGCUCACCUUCUGUCUUCCAGUGUCAAGACGCUCCUUCGUAAGGCUCCCACUGCCUCGUUUGGAAGGACAACUGCCACCAGAUCUGUGACUACCCUUCAAGAUACCCUUGCCGCGCAAGUCCCCGAAAAGCAAAAGGCGUUGGGCGCCCUUAAGAAGGAGCAUGGAGACCAUGUCAUUGGCCAAGUUACCAUUGAUCAAUGCAUUGGUGGAGCCCGUGGAGUCAAGUGCAUGCUUUGGGAAACAUCCAACUUGGAUCCUGAAGAGGGAAUCCGAUUCCGUGGAUUGACCAUUCCCGAAUGCCAGGCUGUUUUGCCCACCUACUCUGGAAAGCAAGGAGAUGGUGAACCACUCUUGGAAUCCUUGAUUUGGUUGCUUUUGACCAGCGAAGUUCCCACCAAGGAACAGGUCGAUACCUUGACGGCGGAAUUGCACGCUCGUGCCGAAUUGCCAUCCCACGUCAUUCCUCUCCUCAACUCAUUGCCCAAGGAUAUGCACCCCAUGACGCAAUUCGCCAUUGGAUUGAAUGCCUGUCAAACCGAAAGCAAAUUUGCCAAGGCGUACGCCGAUGGUGUCCCCAAGACGGAUUAUCAUUUGUACUGUCUGGAAGAUAUCCUCUCCGUCUUUGCCAUGCUGCCCGAGAUUGCCGCUACCAUCUAUCGUAAUGUCUACUUUGACGGUGUCGUCAACAAGGACACCUCCUUGGAUUACUCGGGUAACUUUUGCCGCAUGUUGGGAUACGAUAAUCCAUCGUUUGAUGAAUUGAUGCGUUUGUAUCUGUGCAUCCACACGGAUCACGAAGGAGGAAAUGCCAGUGCCCACACCACGCACUUGGUCGGAUCCACCCUCAGCGAUCCCUUCUUGAGUUAUUCCGCUGGAUUGAACGCCUUGGCGGGACCACUCCACGGGUUGGCCAACCAAGAAGUCCUCAAGUGGAUCCAAGAUCUAAAGGCCAAAUUCGAUGCCGAGGGCAAGGCAGUCAAUGCCGAUACCAUUACCGAAUUCGCCUGGGAUACCCUCAAUGCCAAAAAGGUCAUUCCAGGAUACGGACAUGCUGUCUUGCGAAAAACCGAUCCCCGCUACACUUGCCAACGUGAAUUUGGUCUGAAGCACAUGCCCGAUGACGAGUUGUUCAACGUGGUCGAAACCAUCUACCAGGUCAUGCCGGGAAUUUUGAAGGAACACGGAAAGGUGGCCAACCCCUACCCCAACGUCGAUAGUCACUCUGGUGUCUUGUUGUGGCACUACGGAUUCACUCAAUUCCAGUACUACACAGUCCUGUUCGGUGUCAGCCGCGCCGUGGGUGGAUUGUGCCAAUUGUACUGGGACCGUGCUUUGGGAUUGCCUUUGGAACGUCCCAAGUCCGUCACACCCGAAUGGCUUGCGGCGCAAGUGGCAAAGUAA